AUGAUUCCAGUGUUUAAACUUCAUGCCUUUACUUAUACUCUCACAACUGGAAGUUGGUUUUACAUAUUUCACCGCAGACUCUUGCUUCAACCCGUCAUGAGGAUGCUGAGGCUACGGCUUUUCUGCAAAGUAGAUAAAUUUGCAUAUUGCGGUGGUCCAAAGUAUGAUAGUAUCAGUUCUGAUUUUCGUUUUGCCCAUAAUAGUUCACUGUUUGAUGACAUUGCAUCACAAUCUGUGAAGAAAAUCAUUGAAAUUAAUCCCUACAUGCUUGGCACAAUGGCUGGAGGAGCUGCUGACUGCCAGUUCUGGCACAGAAAUCUGGGUGUUAAGUGUCGAUUGCAUGAGCUGGCAAAUAAGAGAAGAAUAUCCGUAACUGGAGCUUCAAAGUUGCUGGCCAACAUUCUCUAUUCUUAUAGGGGAAUGGGUUUGUCUGUUGGAACUAUGAUAGCUGGAUGGGAUGAGAAGGGUCCUGGCCUGUACUAUGUGGACAGUGAAGGAGGAAGGCUGAAAGGAACUAGAUUCUCUGUUGGAUCUGGUUCGCCAUAUGCUUAUGGUGUUUUGGACAGUGGCUACCGUUAUGAUAUGUCUGUUGAAGAAGCUGCAGAGUUGGCAAGACGGGCUAUUUAUCAUGCAACAUUCCGUGAUGGAGCUAGUGGUGGCGUUGCCAGCGUUUAUCACGUUGGACCAAAUGGAUGGACAAAGCUAUCAGGUGAUGAUGUUGGAGAACUUCACUACAAAUACUAUCCAGUUGAAGCAGAAGUUGUAGAACAGGAGAUGGCUGAAUUACCUGUGACCUGAGAGAGAGCCAGUGAGAAGAAGUAGAAUAUUUGCUACUAUGUGCUUCUGAACUAUAACUAUCGCAUUAGACGUGUUCAAACUUGUUUUGCUUGUAGUAUUCUGUUUUAUAACCAAGUCCUGCCAUUCUUGAUGCAGUUCAAUUCUUUACUCCCCUUUUCCUUUCAAAUUUUGCCACCGAAUUUCUUCAUUUGUGGGUGCUUUGUUUUGUGUAACUCAAGUGAAUCUCUUUGUUUACUACGUGAAUUUUUUAAGAGAUUACGAAUGCACGGUUUUCUGAUUUCAA